AUGCCAUCCACCCAUACCCAUGCAUCGUGGAUUUGCCAUUUUGGAAAGUUGGAGUGGAAACAUAUUUGUCAUGGAUAUCAGUCAUUUGGUUGCCAAGGUACCGGACACGGCUGGUAUGGUACCAUUCAAAUCAAAAACGAGGACCAGGAUUCUACAAAUACGUGGCCACCUAUGGAAUGCGACAAAAAGCAGUUCAUGUUGGGAGUUGCCGUAGACCCUCACCACCAAUCUACCGGUAUACGGGAGGACAUUAUUGCAGAAUCCGAUGCAUGCAUCAAUUUCCACACUGGCAUGGUCCAGUGGGAAUUACCAGACCAACAGCUAUGUUCUGCCUGCCAUCACCUAUCGUACUCAACAAUGCAACGCUCUCCGGGCACAUCUAUGCCCUUGGUAGGCCACUAG